AAUUGAUUGGUUUCAAAACUUGAUGCCUCUAAUAGGUCUUUGAUUUAUACUGUUUUCUUGUUUAUAUCCGCUUCAUAUUCAUGCUACAUGCAUUAGAUUCGUGCAUAUCGUGAUUUAUUUCUGUUAUAAGUGAUGCUCCACUUUCAAAGAUAACAAUUCAAUGAAAUAAAACUAUGAACAAUUUAUCUGUGCCAUAAGUGAUAUCUUCAAUGUUAAACAGAUUUAUUUCUCGUACUUUGAUCUUCAAAUCUCAUGUGACCCAAAUCGACCAAAUUGUUAGAAAAGCUUCAACAAUCUAUGCGCUUUCUACUGGUUUAAGUGGUAAAGGAACAGCCAUAGCUGUUAUAAGGAUCUCUGGCGAUGCGACAUUUAAUGGCCUUUCCUUGUUGGUUGGAAAUAAAUCAUGCAGAAAACUUGAAACAAAUCCAAGGAAAGCAAUUUUAUCCGACCUUAAUCAUCCAGGUACCCAUGAAUUAAUAGACAAAGGUUUGGUUUUUUGGUUUCCUAAGCCAAAUAGUUAUACAGGUGAAGAUACGGCUGAAUUGCAUGUUCAUGGAUCAAGAGCUGUGGUAUCAUUGUUACUUCGAACUCUUGGGAAAAUUUCUGAUUUCAAACCAGCUGAAGAAGGAGAGUUUACCCGACGAGCUUUUAUCAAUGGAAAACUAAAUCUUAUAGAAGCAGAAGGAUUAUCAUCAUUAAUUUCAUCCCAAACUGAUGCUCAAAGGCGUUUAGCUAUGCAAGCUUUAGACGGUAAUGUGAGUAAACUUUAUACGCAAUGGAGACAAACUGUACUCAAAUCGAUAGCUCAUCUAGAGGCGAUUAUAAAUUUUUCUGAAGAUGAAAUGAUUGAUGAGACCAUUCUGGAUAAAGUUCAAGAAGAAAUGGUUCAAUUAAAAGAGUCUAUCGGGAAAUUUCUGAAAGAAGCUUCACGAAGAAGUGAAUUAAUCAAAGGAGGUGUUAACAUGGCAAUAAUAGGUUUGCCUAAUGUAGGCAAAAGCACUUUAUUGAAUAAAUUGUGUCGUAGAGAUUUGUCUAUUGUUUCACCAAUCAGCGGAACUACUAGAGAUAUUGUUGAAGGAUACUUGGACAUCAAAGGCUGGUCCGUUCGAGUCAGUGAUACUGCUGGUUUGAAGGACACUUGCAUUCAGGAUCCAAUUGAGUUGGAAGGUAUUAAAAGAGCUAAACAAAGGGCUAUCGAGGCGGAUUUAGUACUUUUAGUUGUGGAUGGAUCGUGUUUACUUUUAGAUUCUGAGAAGACCAAUUUUACUCAAUACAUCCAAAAUUUUGAAGAUGUUUUAAGUAGUGAAAAACAGGUGAUUUAUAUCAUCAACAAGAUGGAUCUUUUAAAUGAAAGUGAAAUCAAUCGAUUGAAAAGCUUAAUUCCAGCAGAAAAUUCAUCCUUAGUUAGCUGUAAGACAGAACAGUCAUUGGAUGAACUGAUAGAAAUUAUUGGGAAUAAUAUAAGCAGUCUCUGUGGAAAUGUUCAAAAUGAACAGAUAUUCAUCACUGAUAGACACCAAACUCAUUUGAAAAAAAUUUGUGAGGCUUUAGAAAGUUCUAUGCAACAUUUUGACCACGAUCUAGCUCUUGCUGGGUUUUAUCUACGUCAGUGUGUUGAUGAAAUAUCCAACAUAACGGGUAAAAUAAGCACUGAAGAUAUCCUUGAUGUUAUAUUCAAGGACUUUUGUAUAGGAAAAUAAAGUGAUCCACCACGAAAAUUUGUCGUAACGCCUAACUAAAUGAGUCAUCAACUGAAGCUGAAGUCAUUAAUAUAUCUUGAUCCAUCGGCUGGUUUUAAAUAGCCUGUUGAAA